AUGGCAAAUACGGGCUUAUUGCCAUUUGUGCGUGGUGUUGAUUUUACGUGUAACGAUUUUAGCGGUGAGAAAUUUCCUGAUGCUAUUCGGUACAUGACAGGGCUGCAGUGGCUGAGGCUUGACAAGACUAACUUGGCCAACAUACCAGAGGAAUUGGGGAAGCUAAUGAAAUUGGAAAACCUUUCUCUAAAAAAGAAUAAUCUAGAAAAAUUAUUUGGAGAGCUAACAGAACUCAAAUGUCUCCGAUCUCUCAAUGUAAGGCACAACAAGGUAAAAAGCUCGGGAAUCCCAGCAGAACUUUUCCGUUUAGAAGAAUUGACGACGUUGGACCUAUCCCAUAAUAGACUGAAGGAAGUGCCUGAAGGAUUGGAAAAAGCUAAAUCUUUACUAGUUUUGAAUUUAAGUCAUAAUGUUAUUGAAAGCAUACCGCCCACAUUGUUCGUCCAACUCACAGAUUUAUUGUUCUUGGAUCUAUCAAGUAAUCGCUUGGAGACCUUACCGCCCCAGACGAGGAGGUUGGCAAACCUCCAGACUCUUAUACUUAAUGACAACCCUUUAGGACUAUUUCAGUUGAGACAACUACCAUCCCUGCAAAGUUUAGAGACCCUACAUAUGCGUAACACACAGCGUACAGUCGCAAAUCUACCCACGUCUUUAGAAAUGCUAUCUAAUCUAUGUGACGUGGACCUUGCGAGGAACGCCUUGACUAAAGUACCAGACGCUUUGUAUUCGCUGCAGAACUUGAAGAGACUGAACUUGAGUGACAAUGAAAUUAUUGAAAUUUCUUCAGCAAUGGACAUCUGGCAAAAGUUGGAAAGCUUGAACCUCUCACGUAACAAACUGACGGCGCUACCAGCAGCGCUAUGUAAACUACAGAAUCUACGAAGAUUGCACGUAGAUGACAACCAAUUGGACUUCGAGGGUAUUCCCUCGGGCAUCGGCAAGUUGGGCAACCUGGAAGUAUUUUCUGCUGCAAAUAAUCUGCUGGAGAUGAUACCUGAAGGGCUUUGUAGAUGCGGCUCACUCAAGAAGCUAAAUCUAAGCUGUAACAAAUUAAUAACUGUUCCCGACGCGGUUCACUUACUCAGUGAUUUAGAGAGCUUGCAGCUUCAUGGAAACCCCGAUCUGGUUAUUCCUCCGAAGCCCGUGGAGCGACCGCGAGGCGCUGGAGUGGAAUUCUAUAAUAUCGACUUCUCAUUGCAAACGCAGCUUCAACUGGCGGGAGCAGCUACUGUUGAACCUGCUACAAAUAAUAGUUCUAAAUCAGACCCGAUAGCUCGAAAACUGCGGUUACGCCGCGGGCGGCCGGAGCCCGAACAAAAGGACUCUGCACUUAUUCUGCGUGGAAUGCAAGAACAGGCCAAUACGCAGCACAACGACCAAAAACUUGACCAGCGCAACAGCGAGCUCAAACCUAAACGUUGGGACGAGAGCUUAGAGAAACCACCGCUGGAUUAUUCCGAAUUCUUCGAUGAGGAUACGGGCCAGACGCCCGGUCUGCAAAUCUGGGAGAUAGAGAACUUUAUUCCUGCGCCUGUGGACGAGGUGGCUCACGGCAAAUUCUUCGAAGGCGAUUGCUAUAUAAUUCUGAAAACAUCCAUUGAAGAACAAGGACAACUCUCCUGGGAUAUACAUUUUUGGAUCGGAUCGAAAGCAACCCUGGACAAAGGCGCGUGCGCAGCGAUGCACGCAGUGAACCUCCGCAACCUCCUCGGGGCGAAAAGAACGCAACGUCACGAGCAGGGCGACGAAUCCCCAGAGUUAUUAGCGCUGUUCCCCACACCCCCCGUAUACCUACAAGGUAGUCACACUCCUUCUGGUUUCUUCACUGUUGAUGACCCGCACUACGUAACCCGACUCUACCGCGUGCACGGUGCAGGAAAUAGUAUCCACUUAGAACCCGUUCCUGUGGAAGUCGACUCACUAGAUCCCCGCUAUGUGUUCAUACUUGAUACUGGACUUACUAUUUACUUGUGGAAUGGUAAGAAAGCGAAGAACACUGUGAAAUCCAAAGCUCGUCUAUUCGCGGAAAAGAUAAACAAAGAAGAGAGGAAGAACAAAGCGGAGUUGAUCACCGAGCCGCCUGGCAAGGAACCUAAGAGCUUUUGGGACAUACUUGGUUACGCUGGUGACAACCCUUAUGUACCGAAGGAGCAUGUCCCAGAAGACUUCACCUGGGCUCCACCGCGUCUGUACCGUGUGGAACUAGGCAUGGGCUACUUAGAGCUCCCUCAACCCGAAGCCACUCCGCUCUCGCGGGAAGUACUCGCCACUAGAAAUGUUUAUAUUCUGGAUGCACAUAUUGAUGUCUUUGUUUGGUUCGGCAAGAAAUCUUCACGACUAGUACGCGCGGCGGCGGUGAAGUUAGCCCAAGAAUUAUUUAACAUGGUCACAAGACCGCCACAUGCUCUGGUCACUAGACUGCAGGAAGGAACUGAGACGCAGGUGUUUAAGACGUAUUUCCUGGGUUGGGAGGAAGUGAUCGCCGUGGACUUCACGCGCACAGCGGAGUCCGUCGCCAGGACCGGAGCUGAUCUCGCAAGCUGGGCUAAACAACAAGAAACUAAGGCCGAUCUUUCAGCUUUAUUUACGCCUCGACAACCUGCAAUGCAAAUCUCUGAAGCGAAGACCCUCGCUGACGAGUGGAACGAAGAUCUGGAAGCCAUGGAGCCGUUUGUACUGGAAGGAAGACACUUCUUGAAACUACCGGAACAUGAACUAGGAAUUUUCUAUAGCUGUGACUGUUAUGUCUUCCUUUGCCGAUACGUGCUACCCGUUGAACCGGAGGACGAAAGCGAAGGAUCCCACACCGGCGCCGGUGAUCCAGACGAAGAAUCAGAAACGGCAACCUGGGUAGUUUACUUUUGGCAAGGUCGAAAAGCACCUAAUAUGGGAUGGCUGACAUUCACCUUCGGGCUUGAAAGGAAAUUCAAACAACUUUGUAAGCGUCUCGAUGUGGUCCGAACACAUCAACAACAAGAAAGUUUGAAGUUUAUGGCGCAUUUCCAUCGACGAUUUAUUAUUAAAGAUGGCAAGAGGAAUGCUAAGCCGGAGGGUGGACGUCAGCCAGUAGAGUUGUACGAGUUACGUAGCAACGGGUCAGCACUAUGCACUCGCCUUGUCCAAGUCAAAGCUGACGCAUCGCAACUGAACAGCGCUUUCUGCUACAUCCUAAACGUGCCGCUAGAGGGCGCGAAUCAAGAGUCGUCCGCCAUCGUUUACGUCUGGAUUGGUAGCAAAAGCGACGCCGACUGUGCCAGGCUUAUAGAACAGAUAGCUGAGGAGAAGUUCAACAACCCCUGGGUCAGCUUGCAGGUAUUAACGGAAGGCAGCGAGCCAGACAACUUCUUCUGGGUGGCUCUGGGCGGACGAAAGCCGUACGACACAGACGCUGAUUACCUAAACUACACCCGUCUAUUUCGCUGCUCUAACGAAAAGGGGUACUUCACUGUGUCUGAAAAGUGUACUGAUUUCUGUCAGGACGACCUAGCGGAUGACGAUAUUAUGAUCCUGGACAAUGGCGAACAGGUGUUCUUGUGGCUCGGUGCCAAGUGCUCGGAAGUCGAGAUCAAGCUCGCAUACAAGUCUGCACAGGUAUACAUUCAACAUAUGAAGACUAUGCAGCCGAAUCGACCACGCAAGUUGUUCCUCACACUGAAGGGCAAGGAAUCUAAACGGUUCACCAAAUGCUUCCAUGGUUGGGGUGAGCACAAGAGACCUCCAGAAUAAAGUAUUGGUCUGACUAGCCCUAGAUUAAUGUAUUAUUUUAUUUUUAAUUCCAUUUAUUUCACAAUAAUUAUUGGUAUUAAUUUUUGUUUUUCAGCAUUGUUUGAUUAUUCACCAAUUGAAAUUUACAGCACUUAAAUGGAACUGAUAGAAUAUUGAACUUCUUUUUACAUUUUUGUUCAAUAUGGCUAAUAUGUUUGCAUUUUUUUGAAGGUAUAUGAUUAGUUAACUGAACAAAAGUAUUAUUUAACAAUUUUCAUAAUAUUUAAGUUAUUGUAUGAAAUUGUUAUCUUCCAAUUAGUAUUAACACACAACUUAAAUGAUUAUGCCAGGAAUAGUUACAUUUAUCAAAUUAAUAGAUCGAUUUUAAACAAUACAUUUUCUAAUAAUUACCAAACAAUUAUCAUUUGCACAAUGUUUAUUGUCUAUGAAAGUGCUACUAUAACCACCGCAUAUCAAUCAGGGCGCCAAGUCUACUAAUUUCCUUAAAAUCACUGGUUAUUCUAAUUCCAUUGAGUCUCCACUGAGAUUAUAUUGCAAUUAUAAUAAUAUUUGUCAUUCUGCUAAAAUCUAAUUACAAUGGCAACUGAGUCCCAAUGGAGUUUCAUUGGAAUAGUAAUGAUGGCAUUCAUUCAUACAAUCACUAAUGAUCAAUGUUGUCUUAUUAAAAGUACCAUGGAAAUUACUGUGCAUAUCUUAAUUUUCAUCUCAUUUAAUCAGCAAUUUAGUCUUGAAAUUAAAUGUAUAUUUAAUUUUAUGUCUAAUAUUUAAAAUGUAGUAGCAGUAGAGCUCCUUGUG